GACAGAGUUCCAGACCAGGCGCGCGGGGCGCUCCCGAAAGGCUGCCCCGGGGGAGGUAGUCUUCGGGGCAGAGAAGGCCGAGAGCUUCUCACCGCCGUCCUCGCGCGUUCUGGGGAAGACCUCCGGCCGCCUCCACCUCUUUCCACUAGUAUUCCACGAUUUUCCCCAGAAGGGCUGUGCUCCAGUCUCUGAGGGAAAGGGCAGUAGAGAUCCUGGGAGCCUGGAGUCGCCAGAGUGAGCAAGUGACCAUGGCAGCGUCAGCGGGCAGUGCGCAGCUGGCCUUGAACCUAGCACUGGUCCUCCUUCCAGAUGUCCUGCUGAUCUGGUGCUCCGGUUCUCUGAGGUGUCAUACUCCUCCCUUUCCCUGGGAGCGAACAUUUGGGGGAUGGAGAGAGGUUGCCCGUAAAAGGAGCCAGAUCUCAGAUUUGCAGGAGUGCCUAACUAUGCAACUGUGUUUCAAGACAAAAUUCAAUCCCGAAAGAGGUACUAAACAGACAAGUGCCUUGCAACAAGAGGAUGCCUCCAAAAGAAAAGCAGAACUAGAAGCGGCUGUGAGAAAGAAGAUUGAGUUUGAGAGAAAAGCUCUACAUAUUGUUGAACAGCUUUUAGAAGAGAAUAUUACAGAAGAAUUCCUAAGGGAGUGUGGGAAGUUCAUUACUCCUGCUCACUACAGUGAUGUCGUGGAUGAGCGUUCUAUUAUCAAACUCUGUGGUUAUCCCUUAUGUCAGAAGAAGCUAGGAAUUGUACCAAAACAGAAAUAUAAAAUUUCUACCAAAACCAAUAAAGUCUAUGAUAUUACUGAAAGAAAGUGUUUUUGCAGCAAUUUUUGUUAUAAAGCAUCUAAGUUUUUUGAAGCACAAAUUCCUAAAACUCCAGUAUGGGUUCGAGAAGAAGAAAGGCACGCUGAUUUUCAGCUGCUGCAAGAAGGACAAAGUGGCCAUUCUGGAGAAGAAGUACUGUUAUGCAGUAAAGCCAUUAAGACAUCAGAUAUUGACAAUCCUGGCCAUUUUGAGAAGGAUUAUGAGUCUAGUUCUUCUAGCACUCAUAGUGAUAGUAGCAGUGAUAAUGAACAAGACUUUAUUUCCUCCAUUCUACCAGGAAACAGACCAAAUGCAACGGGUAUAAGGCCACAGCUGUGCAAAAAAAGCAUAAUGAAAAAGAAAGCUGGUCAAAAAGCUAACUCCAAAAAUGAAGACAAAGAACAGACAGUAAUAGAUGUCACUGAGCAGUUAGGCAGUUGCAGAUUAGAUAGUCAGGAGAAAGCUGUUGCUUGUGAACUUCCUUUACAAACAGUGAAUACUCAGAUUUCUUCAAAUAGUCCUUUGCAAGAAAAAUUAGAAGCCUCAGAAAUUUCUGAAAAUAAAUACAGUAGUUCGAAAAUAACUCUAGUAGGUAUAAGUAAGAAGAGUGCUGAGCAUUUUAAGAGGAAAUUUGCCAAAUCAAGCCAAGUUUCGAAGUCAGCUUCAGUGCAGCUGUGUCCUGAAGUUGCAAAAGCAAACUUACUUAAAGUCCUGAAGGAGACUUUGAUUGAGUGGAAGACAGAAGAAACUUUGAGGUUUUUGUAUGGCCAGAAUUAUGCUUCUUUGUGUCAGAAACCUCCUUCAGUUCCUCUGGUUAAAGAAGAAGAACUUGAUGAAGAUGACAUAAACUCUGACCCAGAUAGUCAUUCCUCUGCCUCAAGAGAAUCUCAGAACAGCUUGGAUGAGUCUUUACCUUUUAGGGCCUCAGAUACAGCCAUUAAACCACUGCCAAGUUAUGAGAACUUGAAAAAAGAAACUGAAACAUUAAAUCUAAGGAUCAGAGAGUUUUAUAGAGGACGAUAUGUUUUGAAUGAAGAAACCACCAAAUCACAAGACUCUGAAGAGAAUGAUCCCACCUUUCCACUGAUAGAUUCAAGUUCUCAGAACCAAAUUAGAAAACGCAUCGUACUUGAAAAAUUGAGUAAAGUAUUGCCUGGACUUUUGGGGCCUUUUCAGAUUACGUUAGGAGAUAUUUACAUGCAACUUAAAAAUCUUGUCCGAACUUUCAGAUUAACAAAUAGAAAUAUUAUACACAAACCUGCAGAGUGGACCUUAAUUGCUGUGGUGUUGCUGUCAUUACUGACUCCGAUUCUUCGCACUCAGAAGCAUUUUCAGGAAAAUGUGGUGUUUACACAGUUUAUAGCCACCCUGCUUGAAGAAUUACAUUUAAAGAAUGAAGACCUUGAAAGUUUAACCAUCAUAUUUAGAACCAGCUGUUAACCAGAGUGGUAUAAUCCAUGAAGACCAAACAGAAGAUGAACUUCUAUUCACCAUUUCUGGAAUUCUAGCCACAAUGAUGGUCUGGUGGUGACUGAUGGCUUUGUUCCAAGAAAGACCUUUACCUCUAAAGAUUUCAACUCCCUGCCUCCCAGUUCCUAACUGUAUAGAAUGACUUUCCCAGAUAGAGGAGAACCAUUAUUCCAACAAGGAUAACCAAGUCCUUGCAUCCCUAGCUAUGAGACUUAGUAUUUUUAUUUAUUUGAAAAUGAAACUCAGAAAGUCUUAAGUUGAAACUUGAAUGAAUAUUCAAGAAAAUAUAAUGACCUCUUAUUUUUUCUGGAUAAUUCCAGCCUUCUUAUCAGUUGACCAAAAAAUUAAGAAAAUUCUCAUUUUGGCCUCACAGUCUAAACUCUAGAUUCUAAAGACCAGUAAAGCGUUAGGGCAAUAAAUGCAAUCUAAGAUGAAGCCCUUUGGAAGUCUAGUCAUUAUUCUUUUAAAGAAGCUGACUGUGCUAUAAAAUGGACCUGAGCAAUGUGGUUAACCUCACAAGUCCAGAACAGGAGUAUCCCAGAGCUGUCUGGACUCAAGGAAAUAAAAAUUUUUUAAAAGUGAAA